AUGAAGGGUUUCAUCUACACUCUUUGUUUCUCAGUGACCCAGUGGACUCCUCAGGGGGCCCCCAACCAGACCCAAGCCAGCGCUCUCCUGUGGCCGCUGCUGAGAGAUCACAUGUCAGGGAAGAAUGACACUAACUCCUCCCGGGCCCUGAAGCUCCCAGACGGGAUGAGUGCUGCCUGGUACAUCCUCACCAUCAUCGGCAUCUACGGGGUCAUUUUCCUCUUCCGGCUGGCCAGCAACAUCCUCAGGAAGAAUGAUAAGUCCUUGGAAGAUAUUUAUUACUCAAAUUUGACCACUGAACUAAAAAGGAAAGGACUCCAGAGCAAUGUAGCCACGUGUUCUGCAUUGACCGUUAGCAACAGAACCAUCCUAGAACCCACCCAGGGCAGCCCAGAGCCAAAAUGUGGAGACAACGGGCUCCACACUGGAACCCAGGCUAUCCCAUGA